AUGGAGGAGUGGAAGAACAAACUACCUUUUAGUGUCCUGAGACAUGUUGAGGAGCGGGGUGAGUGUGAGCUUAUACCUGCAGCCAAAGUGGCUGAUGCUUAUGCCUUGCUGAUGGAGUCCUUGGGUAGUAGAGAUCGUGGUUCACAUUAUGUUAGGUCCUCUUCUGGGGAAAGUUUUGGAGGCGUGGGUGGUAAGCCGACCGGUACAUCAAGCGCUAACUAUGCCAUGUAUUGUACUUAUUGCAAGAAACCAGGUCACACUAUUCAAAAAUGUAGACAUCCUAAUUGUAAAGGCUCUCAAAGUCCAAAUCCAUUUGUGCCUUUCAAGUCAAACUAUGGACCUAAAAAACCAGUUGCCACGGCCAACAUUGCUAACUCUCCCCACCAACUUUUCCAGCCAUACAUUUUUACUGGUAAAGUCUCCCUGACUGAUAGCGAAAACAAGGUAUUCCCAAUACAAAUUUAA